CUCUCCUCAUGGCCUCUUCUAUAAAUACCCUCUUCCCCCGUCUAAGCACACUCCAAGACCAACAUAGAACAGAGAGAAAGGAACAAAAAAAGAAAAAAAAAAUCAUAUAUACAUACAGUUUAUACAGAUAGAUAUAAGAAAUUAAACAUGCCCACCACGUUAACCGAUGUGUUUAGAGCCCAUCCCAUUCACCUCCCGCGCUCUCCCCAGCCCCAUGACUUCACUUCUCUCUGUGAACUCCCCGACUCCUUCACUUGGACCCACAAAGACGACCUUCUCUUCUCCGCCGCCACCCCAGAUUACGCGGAUUCCCUUCCCGUCGUCGAUCUCUCCGAUCACGACUCGGCCGCCUCCGCCGUCGGCCAUGCAUGCAUGACGUGGGGUGCCUUCCAAGUCACCAACCACGGCGUGCCUCUGCCUCUCCUUGACGACAUCGAGUUCCUCUCCCGAAGCCUUUUCCAGCUUCCUCCUCACCGGAAAUUCAAGGCGGCUCGCCCGGAGAACGGCAUCUCCGGCUACGGCGUCGCCCGCAUCGCUUCCUUCUUCCAUAAACAAAUGUGGUCCGAAGGCUUCACCCUCGCCGGCUCUCCCCUCGAUCAUUUCCGUAAACUCUGGCCACGUCAUCACCUCAGAUACUGUAACAUUAUCAAAGAGUACGAGGAACAGAUGCAAAAGUUGGCAAGGAGGUUGACGUGGUUGGUGUUAGGUUCACUAGGCGUGACCGAAGGGGACAUCAAAUGGGCCGGGCCCAAUUCAGAUUUCAACGGGGCCCAAGCCGCAAUACAACUGAACCACUACCCGGUAUGCCCUGAACCGGACCGGGCCAUGGGUUUAGCAGCUCAUACCGAUUCUACGCUCUUAACCGUUCUGUACCAAAGCAACACUGCCGGUCUCCAGGUCUUCAAGGACGGUUUCGGUUGGCUCACAGUGCCGCCGAUCCCUGGCUCGCUCGUGGUCAACAUCGGCGAUCUCCUCCACAUCUUAUCCAAUGGUCGGCUCUCCAGCGCGCUCCACCGGGUCCGGGUUAACCAGGACCGACCUCGGUUCUCCGUGGCUUAUCUCUGGGGCCCGCAAGCUGACGUCCAGAUCUCACCUCUACCGAAGCUGGUUAGUCCGGUUAAACCGCCUCUAUACCGGCCGGUUACUUGGAAGGAGUACCUUGGAACUAAAGCGACACAUUUCAACAAUGCACUUUCGGCGAUUAGGGUUGAUGACAACAAGAAUAAUGUCGUUGGAAUUUUUGGGUCAUGAUAGUUGGCUAGAUUGAUUAAUCAAUUUCUUUCUUUUUUUUUAAAUACAUUUUGAAAUUUUGUUGUCUUUUUUUAAUUAAAAUAUUCGUAUUAUAUGUAUAAAAACAUGGAAGCUU